CUGCAUUUUUUCAUCAUCCUCUUUCAACUUUUCCUCACACUACACAAUUGGUAAUUUUAAAUGGAAUUCGAGGAUUUUCAUCUUCUCUCUGUUAUUCCUGAAACUCCCGAUAUCUUCAAGAUGCUUCCAAGUGCAUGUAAGGAGAGUGGUGUGGAGAUUGUGAAGUGGCGGUGUUUGUUUCGUACAACGGAGUAGACUACCCCAAACAAGAAGAUGAAAAAGAGAUUAAGUCUAAAACAGCCUCGAUUCUUCCGCAAAGGGGCUCUACUCCCUUGCUUUCCGGACCCAAGACAAUGGACUGAGAGCUCUUAUGUAAGACACUUCCUGUUCCAACCUCACUCUACCUGUGUGACAACACGAUAUUGAAUUUGCUUCUUCCUCCUCCUAGGGGAUCUACUUCCAUGGAGUUUCUGAGUGUUCUCCAGAAGCCUCUUGGGCAACAUGAGGGGUUACAUAUGAUUGCUGCAAAUCAAGCCACUGCUGAGUCGAAAUGGAAUGUUGCUGCUCAUGAGAAUUUUGGGCAGAAAAGGAAGGUUUCUGCUCAUGAGAGUUUUGGACAAAAACGGCAUGGGAGUGUUGGAGAAGAGGUGAUUCAAAAAAGGAAAAAAAUUAUAAAAUGGAUGUGAAGAAUCCAUUGAAGACUGGAAAAGAAAUGAGAGUUUAGGGUGGCUAUUUAUUUGCUUUAAGAAUGAAAAAAGGGUGGGAAAAUGAAAAUCUUAAGGGGGG